AAGACUUCCAUAUAUCCUCAAUUCCUGCUCAUCGCUCUUUCUAGGUCCAACAAUCCCCCAAAUCCAGCUCAGAGAGCUGUUCGCCAGAUCAGAGGACCGUAAGUAUCCAUCUCCCGCAGGGUUGUGGCGGGGCCAUCUUAAGUACUAACAUAUCUUGCUUCCACAGACAAUCAGCCUUGACUGAUUUCCUAGCCGUAAGUUUAGAUACUCCAGUCCAAAUAUACUUUCCUAACAUACAUUCCAAGUCCCACAACAUCAGUGCCCAGCAAAUUCGACACGAUGCCAACGCUCGACGAGCUGCUGCCUUGGCCUCGGAGCAAGCUGCUGCUGGCACCACAGGCGACGACGAGAAUGAGCCCGCUGAACCAGAUUCGGAUCCGGAGCCCGUACCUUCUCGCAGAAAGAGAGAGUCAAAGGCACAGACCAAUAAAAGAAAGAAGGAGGAAGAGGUAUGUUUGACACUCUCUGCCGCGUUAUCAUUGAUUCGCGGGGUACAUUCUGUUGUAUAACUACUAAUCCGCCCAAUAGAAAGCGAUUUCCAAAAUCAAAAACUCAAAAAGAUUCAAGCGCAGCAGACGUCAACAUGGUUCGGAUGAAAAUGUGUCGGACGAGGACGAGGCAGCGCGGGCCUUUUUCGAAGAGAGCAUGGCACCCCUUCCAUAUCAGAUGGAGAACUGCGAGAUCUGCGACAAACGAUUUCGUGUCACUGCAUAUAGUAGAAAAGGUGACGAUGGAGGUCUCCUCUGUCCACAAUGUACCAAGGAACUUGACAAGGAGGAAGGUGCUGCGAGAAAGAGAAGAAAGACCGCCGUUGGUCGACAACGAAGACAAGUUCAAAGCAACUUGCUUGAUGGUAUUUAUCCUGGAGCCAAGGAUCUAAUGACACUUUGCAUCGAGACUUUGGCAAAGAAUGUUGACUUGGCUGAAGAUCUCGGAGAUUUACCAGAGACCAUGGUCAACAGACUUUCUGGCAUCAUCUCUAAGCGAAGAUUGAUGAAUUCAAACACUCUCAAUCUCUUCCUUCGAGCUGGUGCAGAAACAGUCAACAUUCACGAAGGUGCUCUUCUCACGCCUGAUGACUAUAUUCGAGUCUUCCAGUACAGCCCAACCGUCAAGAACUUGCUCAUCAAGGAUGGAGUUCAGUUUAAGAAUAGAGUAAUGGACCAUCUUCUGGAUACAACUGUUAAGCUCGAAAGCUUUAGCAUUCAUGGAGCUAAUCUAAUCGACGAUGAGAGAUGGAAUCGUUUUCUGACCGAAAAGGGAUUUCAUCUUCAUACUUUACGAGUCUACUGGACCGAUGGUCAUUUUGGUGAUGAACAAUUGGAACUCUUAGGAAAGACUUGCCCUGACUUGCAAGUCCUCAAAGUCUCCCACAAUCAAAAGGUCACAGGUGCAGGUAUCGCCCAUCUCUCCAAGCUCACCAAACUUGAACGAUUGACUCUCAAUAUCUACGGUGGAAAGACAAAAUCCGAACCCUACGUUGAAGUUUUGAAUGCUACCGGUCUCAACCUAAAAUGCUUCUGUCUUGAUACCGUCAAUCAUAUCGAUGACGACGUCCUCCAGGCUAUCCACGACAAUUGUCAACGCCUCACCAAACUUCGCAUCACCGACAACCAUGUCCUCACUGAUCAAGGCUUCGCCAACCUCUUCACGGAUUGGCCUAAUCCUCCAUUAACCCAUAUCGACUUCAACAAAUGCCGAGUCGUCGAUUCCACCGAACCCAAAGAAAACCCCGACGGAAUCGGACUCUCCUCCCUCGGCUUCAAAGCUCUCAUGAAACAUUCAGGGAAGACCCUUCGAUAUCUAGACGUCAGCUCCUGUCGACACAUUUCCUGUGAAGCUUUUGAAAGUGUUUUCGCCGCCGAUAAAACCUACCCCGAGUUACGCAAGUUGGAUCUGAGUUUCUGUCAACAGGUCAAUGAUCUAGUCGUCCUGAUGAUUUUCCGAUCUUGUCCGAAUAUUGAGAGUGUGGCUGUCUUUGGCAAUUUUGGGGUCAGAGAUGUGAGGGUUCCUAAGGGUAAGAUUCUCAUUGGUGUUCCUACUGCGUUGGGCAUGCAGAUUGAGGGCACGGAGGACGGGGUGGGGAGAGUGAUUUAGGUUGGUCGUGUAUUUGUUCCUCUUCGAGAAUUUUCUCUUGUGAUAUGGCGAAUGAUGUGGGUGGACUGGGAUGGGGUGGUGUUAUUGUGUUUUCUGAGAUUCAUCGCACUUGCUUUGUGGUGUAUGCCUUCGACAGUUUGCUAGUUUUGCUUGUCGUUUUCGCUGGCUGGUUGGGUGGUUGGUGGGUGGGUGGUGUUUAGCACAGGAACUCUUUACGAAAAGAUAUGGCUAUGGCUAGCUAGUUAUAGGAUGAAUAUGAG